CAGGAAAAUCAAACUGCCCAACAACUCACAUAAUUGCACCAAUCUCUCACUGUAGAGAACUCCGUCUACUCUCUCAAAACCUCUUUUCUCGCACAAAUCAAUGAGGCAUUAAAUUCAAGAAUCUGUGUGUGUGAGUGACCGACUGAGGCACUGACUCAGUAAGAGCACGCACACACACGCACAGAGAGAGAUAGAAAUGGAAGAUGAAGAUAAUUCACCUGAGUUCACGUUAGCAGAGAUAAUCCAUAUGGAGAACUUAUUUAAGGAAAUGAGAGACAAGACGACCGAAGAAGAGUUCUGUCGGGAGCUUUCCAUUAAAUUCAAUGGUUCGAUUCACCGUGCUGAAAAACCGCCUGUUAAAUGGGAACAGGUGCAAAGUUGGUUCCGCGAUAAGCAAACAAACGCAGCAACUGUAGUUGUUCCGUUUAAACCCAAGAAAGGCUCAAAGACUGCUAUAUUAAAAAAGAGGACUAAAGUGCCUACAAUUACUGCGAGUGAAGCAGCUGUCGAGCUCCAAACCUUGAUUUUUGAAGCUAAAUCGGCUAAGGAUUCUGCUUGGUUUGAUGUUGCUUCCUUCCUGGGCUACAGAGUCGUGAACGCGGGGGUGAACUUGGGGGAUCUACUUGUUCGUGUGAGAUUUUCUGGCUUUGGGAAAGAUGAAGACGAAUGGGUGAGCGUUCAUAAGGCAGUACGCGAGCGCUCCAUCCCUUUGGAACACUCUGAAUGCGACAAAGUCAGUGUCGGUGAUCUCGUUCUUUGCUUCAGGGAAGGCGAGGAUCAUGCACUCUACUGUGACGCGCGUGUAGUGGAAAUCGAGAGGAUGGUGCACGACAGUAGCAGAUGCACGUGCCUUUUUGCAGUUCGUUGGGAGCAUGACGGUCUUGAGGGGGAGAUUACAGCUGAGAAACUGUGUUACAGGCCGACGAAACCGGCUGCUAAAGACGGUGUGGAUCUUAAGCUGGUGCCAUUGCAGCCCGGCGGAGCACAGAGCUUGCUGCAGCUGAUCUCAGGGUGACUAAUCGGGUUAUGCAUGCUGUUGGCUAAUCGACUAUGUAUUCUGAUGGAUUGAAUAAUUUUAAAUUGGUUCAUAGUCGAUUAAAUUAUGAAAUUUGGUCAAAUUUUGGUUCGUGUAAUAAGGUUUGAAAACAGAAUAUAUAUCACCAAAGUUUCAGUUUUUCUC